CCGGCGGAGAUGCGGUCGGCGGUAAAUGUCGCCGACAGUUCGUUCGGAGAUCUUUACGGAGAGAACCAAGACAGCGCGGCUUUGACCAAUAUUCUCUUUGACUCACAAAUCGGACGUCCAGUACUUGUUACUGGAUUCUAUCAUCCCUCGCAAGCACGCUACCACAUUCGGACGCAUGAGAGUCUCAAUAGCAUCGCCCAAAGCUACAAUGUCUCUCAAAAUCCUCAUCGUCGGCGCAGGUGUCUGCGGACCAGCACUAGCCCUGCUCCUCCAAAAGUCCAAUCCCAAACAUAGCAUCACAGUAAUCGAGCGUUAUCCCUCUCUCCGUACUGGCGGCCAACAAAUCGACCUGAAAGCCCAGGGCAUACCUAUCGUGAAGAAGAUGGGCCUCCUGGAAGCAAUUAGAUCUCAUCUCGUUGCUGAAACUGGUAUGGAGCUGGUUGAUACGAACGGGAAGAGGUUGAUGCAUUUUGGUGUUCAGGGUGCUGACCAAGGUGGGAGGAGCCUGGCGCUGACGAAUGAGUAUGAGUUCAUGAGGGGGGACAUGGUGAAGAUCUUUUACGAUGCUACUAUUGCAGAAAGAGCAGAGGCAGAACGGAAUGGAGAGAAGGAAGGAGGGUUGAAGUACGAGUUCGGCACGACAGUGACAGCUCUCGACCAAUCCAGUGACAAUGGAGUUGCAGUCACUCUCUCAAACGGGCAGACGGCGCAAUAUGAUCUCGUCGUUGCAGCAGAUGGCCAAGGUUCGCGAACUAGACGCCUGGCUUUUGGUGAAGAGGUGAGCACGGAAGCGUUCAAAGGCCUUGGUGUUCACGCCGCCUACUUCAACAUCCCCCGACUCUCGACUGAAGACAACCUCGCUCGCAUCCACUUCGCACCCGACAGCAGGAUGGUCAUGACUCGGACAGGAAAUCGACCGAUAACACAGGUGUAUUUCUUCCUUAUGAAGGACAAGGAGCGCAACGAGACGAUGAAGAAAAUGUACAAGGAGUCACAGGAGAAGCAGAAAGAAAUCUGGACGGAGGUAUAUGAAGAUGCUGGUUGGGAAUGUGAGCGCUUUGUAAAAGGGAUGAAGACAGCCGAAGACUUUUACGCAUGUGAGAUUGCCCAAGUCAAGAUGCCACGGCUACACACCGGUCGGGUUGUUCUGCUCGGAGAUGCUGGGUACUGUCCAAGUCCGUUUACCGGCGAAUUGGCAAGAAACAAGAACGACGUAAGUGCAGCACUUACUGCAUACGACAAGUUGAUGCGACAACCCAUUACUGAGUACCAGAAGCUGGGUCCCGGGACUGAAGGAGGCUUCUAUCCCUCCUCUGCUUUAGGGAUAAGGAUCGUGAACAAUAUCUUAUGGACUUUGUCUUGCUUCAGGGUUGACAAGGCGAUUCAGUGGAUUCAUGGAAUGUUCCCAGCAGAGCAGGGUAAGUGGUUGUUGCCAGAGUACCCGGAGUUGAAUUUGGGGUCCGAGAACGCUAAAUGAGAUGAAUUUUCGGGGCCUAUUUUGGAAGACAGUCGGUUGCUUCAACUCGGAGCAAUAGAGGCAUGAUUAGCGAGUAUUCUUUGGUGCGAGCACGUGUAAAUUCCAAUCUUACACAUUUACUUGCGGCUUUUUAAUUUCGUUGUUCACAACCUUGAGCAGAUUUCCCCAAACCAUCAAUCAAUUCAGCUAUACAUGUUCCUGACAGCUAUAUCACUAGGCACGAAGGUGGAUUGGACUGGAUCCUAGAGACCCCUCUGGUAUUGGUCUUACCGUGUAGUGAAUGAUUACAGGAUUCAAUGCAAGUGGAAUCAUGGAGUAGAUACAUAAGCUUACAAGGAAUCCCUAUAGAACUAACGUUUCAUGAAAAAAUCAAAACUCACAUAA